CCUGGCAAUGGCAGGCCCAGGCAUCAGUAUAUUAUCCUCGCCCGCCUCUUCGUUGAUUGUAGAGUUGCUCUUGAACAUACGUUCCUACCACGGUACAAUUCCAAACGAUACGGAUCCAUAGAACUUCUCUUAGAACUUAUCUCAACAAGUCCAAGUACCAAAUCAACCCCCAUUCAUCCACUCACAAUGCCUCUCGUCGUCCCCGGCAUCAACUCCAACGACUCCUCGUCCACCGACUCCUGGAUGACCAAACUCAUGGGCAAGAAACUGUCGGAUAGUACAUCGGACGAGACGAGUUUCGCGAAGAAAGAUCUCCCGCAGAACCACCGCGUCGUCGACGCCGACGGUGGCAUGAUGACCAUGGACCACAAUCCUGAUAGAUUGAACGUUCAUGUCGACAAGGACGGCACAGUAAGAAAGGUCACCCACGGCUAGACACUUCAACAACAUCAUUCGACAUCAAUCUUGUCAAACGUCACGACCUGGCACGAGCACGAACACGAACACGAACAUGAGCAUCCUUCAUGGAUUAAGGCAAAGGAAAUGGUAUUACAUUUAGACGGACUGCUAGGAAGUCUAUAGAGUACCUAGGCACUUUCCCAAUCACCACCUCGGUUACCUUCUCUCCA